AUGAGUACGGACGCGGAGAUGGCCAUGUAUGGCAAAGCUGCCAUUUAUCUACGUAAGCCAGAGAGGGAGAGAAUUGAGGCUCAAAACGCACCAUUUGAUGCCAAGAGUGCCUGCUACGUGACCGAUACCAAGGAACUGUACCUGAAGGGAACAAUCCUCAAGAAAGAGGGUGGCAAAGUCACCGUCAAAGUCCUGGAUACUCAGGAGGAGAAGACAGUUAAAGAAGAUGAUGUCACUCCAAUGAAUCCUCCCAAGUAUGACAAGAUUGAGGACAUGGCCAUGAUGACCCAUCUCAAUGAAGCCUCUGUGCUGUAUAACCUCAAAGAGCGUUAUGCAGCAUGGAUGAUCUACACCUACUCUGGAUUGUUCUGCGCCACUGUGAACCCCUACAAGUGGCUCCCAGUGUACGAUGCUGAAUGUGUAUCUGCCUAUAGAGGCAAGAAGCGUAUGGAGGCUCCUCCCCACAUCUUCUCUGUCUCUGACAACGCUUAUCAGUUCAUGGCAACUGAUAGGGAGAACCAAUCUGUCUUGAUCACUGGAGAAUCUGGUGCUGGAAAGACUGUGAACACCAAGCGUGUCAUCCAGUACUUUGCAACAAUCUCAGUUGGUGGAGAAAAGAAGAGGGACACAUCAAAGGGGUCACUGGAGGAUCAGAUUAUUGCAGCCAAUCCCCUGCUGGAGGCCUAUGGUAAUGCCAAAACUGUGAGGAAUGACAACUCUUCUCGUUUUGGUAAAUUCAUCAGAAUCCAUUUCAAUACAACUGGCAAACUGGCUAGUGCUGAUAUUGAGACUUAUCUGCUGGAGAAGUCUAGAGUGACAUUCCAGCUUCCUGAUGAAAGAGGCUACCACAUCUUCUACCAGAUGAUGACCGCCCACAAACCUGAGCUGAUUGACUUGGCACUCAUCACAACCAACCCCUACGACUUCCCCAUGUGCAGCAUGGGUCAGAUCACUGUGGCCAGCAUUGAUGACAAAGUUGAGCUGGAAGCCACUGAUAAUGCUAUUGAUAUCCUGGGCUUCUCUAAUGAAGAAAAGAUGAGUAUCUACAAGAUGACUGGUGCUGUGCUCCACCAUGGUAACAUGAAGUUCAAGCAAAAGCAGCGUGAGGAGCAGGGUGAGCCUGAUGGCACAGAGGAUGCUGACAAGGUUGCUUACUUGCUGGGUCUGAACUCUGCUGACAUGCUUAAGGCUAUGUGCUAUCCCAGAGUGAAGGUCGGAAAUGAGUAUGUCACCAAGGGACAGACUGUACCCCAGGUGAACAACUCAGUGACUGCCCUGGCCAAGUCUAUCUAUGAGAAGAUGUUCUUGUGGAUGGUCAUCCGUAUCAACCAGAUGUUGGACACUAGACAGGCGAGGCAGUUCUACAUUGGUGUCCUGGAUAUCGCUGGAUUUGAAAUCUUUGACUUCAACACAUUGGAGCAGCUGUGCAUCAACUUCACCAAUGAGAAACUGCAACAGUUCUUCAAUCACCACAUGUUUGUCCUGGAGCAAGAGGAGUACAAGAAGGAGGGUAUUAUCUGGGAGUUCAUUGACUUUGGCAUGGACUUGGCUGCCUGCAUUGAGCUGAUUGAAAGGCCCAUGGGCAUCUUCUCCAUCCUUGAAGAGGAGUGCAUGUUCCCCAAGGCCACAGACACAUCCUUCAAGAACAAGCUGUAUGACCAGCAUCUUGGCAAAAACAAGGCAUUUGAGAAGCCAAAGCCCACCAAGGGCAAGGCUGAGGCCCACUUCUCCCUGGUGCACUAUGCUGGUACUGUGGACUACAAUAUCGGUGGCUGGCUGGACAAGAACAAGGAUCCACUGAAUGACUCUGUCAUUCAGCUGUACCAGAAAUCCUCAGUGAAGCUGCUGCCUGUUCUGUAUCCACCUGUUGUUGAGGAGGUUGGUGGCAGCAAGAAGGGAGGCAAGAAGAAGGGUGGUUCUAUGCAGACUGUGUCUUCACAGUUUAGGGAGAACUUGGGCAAGCUGAUGACUAACUUGAGGAGCACCCAUCCUCACUUUGUGCGCUGCCUGAUUCCCAAUGAGUCAAAGACUCCAGGAUUGAUGGAGAACUUCCUGGUCAUCCACCAGCUCAGGUGUAACGGUGUGCUGGAAGGUAUCAGAAUCUGCAGAAAAGGUUUCCCCAGCAGAAUUCUCUAUGCUGACUUCAAGCAGAGGUACAAGGUGCUGAAUGCCAGUGUCAUCCCCGAGGGACAGUUCAUUGACAACAAGAAGGCUUCAGAGAAGCUGCUUGGGUCAAUUGAUGUUUGUCAUGAUGAGUACAAAUUUGGACACACCAAGGUGUUCUUCAAGGCCGGUCUGCUGGGUACCCUUGAGGAGAUGAGAGAUGAAAAACUGGCAUCUCUGGUCACCAUGACUCAAGCUUUGUGCCGUGGUUACGUCAUGAGAAAGGAGUUUGUGAAGAUGACUGAGAGGAGGGAAGCCAUCUAUACCAUCCAGUACAAUAUCCGCUCAUUCAUGAAUGUGAAACACUGGCCAUGGAUGAAGGUCUACUACAAGAUCAAGCCUCUGCUGAAGACUGCUGAAACUGAGAAGGAGCUGGCAAACAUGAAGGAGAACUAUGAUAAGAUGAAAACUGACUUGGCUACCGCCCUGGCCAAGAAAAAGGAACUGGAGGAGAAGAUGGUGUCCCUUCUGCAGGAAAAGAAUGACCUGCAGCUGCAAGUAGCAUCUGAAGGGGAGAAUCUGUCAGAUGCUGAAGAGAGAUGUGAGGGCCUUAUCAAGGGCAAGAUUCAGAUGGAGGCCAAAUUCAAAGAGACAAGUGAGAGACUGGAGGAUGAAGAGGAAAUCAAUGCUGAGCUCACUGCCAAAAAGAGGAAGCUGGAGGAUGAAUGCUCUGAGCUCAAGAAGGAUAUUGAUGACCUGGAGCUUACCUUGGCCAAAGUGGAGAAGGAGAAACAUGCCACUGAGAACAAGGUCAAGAACCUGACCGAGGAGAUGGCCUCUCAGGAUGAGAGCAUUGCUAAGUUGACCAAGGAAAAGAAAGCCCUUCAGGAGGCUCAUCAGCAGACUCUUGAUGACCUGCAGGCUGAGGAAGACAAAGUCAACACUCUGACCAAGGCCAAGACCAAGCUUGAGCAGCAAGUUGAUGAUCUUGAGGGUUCUCUUGAGCAAGAGAAGAAGCUGCGUAUGGACCUUGAGAGAGCCAAGAGGAAGCUUGAGGGUGAUCUGAAACUGGCCCAGGAAACCGUCAUGGAUCUUGAGAAUGACAAGCAGCAGUCCGACGAGAAAAUUAAAAAGAAGGACUUUGAUAUCAGUCAGUUCCUUAGCAAGAUUGAAGAUGAGCAGUCAAUGGGUGCUCAGCUUCAGAAGAAGAUCAAGGAGCUUCAGGCCCGCAUUGAGGAACUGGAGGAGGAGAUUGAGGCUGAGCGUGCUGCUCGUGCCAAGGUGGAGAAGCAGAGAGCUGAUCUCUCCAGGGAACUUGAGGAGAUCAGUGAGAGGCUGGAGGAGGCCGGUGGUGCCACUGCUGCUCAGAUUGAGAUGAACAAGAAGCGUGAGGCUGAGUUCCAGAAGCUCCGUCGUGACCUUGAGGAGUCCACUCUGCAGCAUGAAUCCACUGCUGCUGCUCUUCGCAAGAAGCAGGCUGACAGCGUUGCUGAGCUGGGAGAGCAGAUUGACAACCUCCAGCGUGUUAAGCAGAAGCUUGAGAAGGAAAAGAGUGAAUACAAGAUGGAGAUCGAUGACCUCUCUAGCAACAUGGAGAAUGUUGCUAAAGCAAAGGGAAAUCUUGAAAAGAUGUGCCGUACUCUUGAGGACCAAUUUAGCGAACUGAAGACCAAGAAUGAUGAAAAUGUUCGUCAGAUCAAUGACACAAGUGCACAGAAAGCACGUCUCCUGACAGAAAAUGGUGAGUUCAGCCGUCAAAUUGAAGAGAAAGAAGCCCUUGUCUCCCAGCUGACCAGAGGCAAACAGGCCUUCACACAGCAGACUGAGGAGCUGAAGAGACAGAUUGAAGAGGAGGUUAAGGCCAAGAAUGCUCUUGCCCAUGGACUGCAAUCAGCUCGUCAUGACUGUGAUCUGCUGAGGGAGCAGUUUGAGGAAGAGCAGGAGUCCAAGGCUGAGCUGCAGCGGGGAAUGUCCAAGGCCAACAGUGAGGUUGCUCAGUGGAGAGCCAAGUAUGAAACUGAUGCUAUUCAGCGCACAGAGGAGCUUGAGGAAUCCAAGAAAAAGCUGGCCCAGCGACUUCAGGAGGCUGAGGAACAGAUUGAGGCAGUGAAUUCCAAGUGUGCUUCUCUUGAGAAAACCAAACAGAGGCUCCAGAGUGAGGUGGAGGACCUCAUGAUUGAUGUGGAGAGGGCCAACAGUCUGGCUGCCAACCUUGACAAGAAGCAGAGGAACUUUGACAAGGUGUUGGCAGAGUGGAAACAGAAGUAUGAGGAGGGUCAGGCAGAGCAUGAGGGAGCUCAGAAGGAGGCUCGUUCUCUCAGCACUGAGCUGUUCAAGAUGAAGAACUCUUAUGAAGAGGCUCUGGAUCACCUGGAGACCAUGAAGCGUGAAAACAAGAACCUGCAACAGGAGAUCUCAGAUCUGACUGAACAGAUUGGUGAGACUGGCAAGAGCAUCCAUGAGCUGGAGAAGUCCAAGAAGCAAGUGGAGACAGAGAAGUCUGAGAUCCAGACAGCUCUUGAAGAGGCUGAGGGAACUCUGGAACACGAAGAAUCUAAGAUCCUGCGUGUCCAGCUGGAGCUCAACCAGAUUAAGGGUGAGGUGGACAGGAAGCUGGCAGAGAAAGAUGAGGAGAUGGAGCAGAUCAAGAGGAACAGCCAGAGGGUGAUUGACUCCAUGCAGAGCACUCUGGACUCUGAGGUCAGGAGCAGGAACGAUGCCCUGAGAAUCAAGAAGAAGAUGGAGGGAGACCUGAAUGAGAUGGAGGUUCAGCUGAGCCACUCCAAUCGCCAGGCUGCUGAGUCCCAGAAGCAGCUGAGGAAUGUGCAGACACAGCUGAAGGAUGCACAACUGCACCUUGAUGAUGCUGUCAGAGCCCAGGAAGACUUCAAGGAACAAGCUGCCAUGGUGGAUCGUAGGAAUGGUCUCAUGAUGGCUGAAAUUGAGGAACUUAGAGCUGCUCUGGAGCAGACAGAGAGAAGCCGCAAAACCGCAGAGCAGGAGCUGGUUGAUGCCAGUGAGCGUGUUGGACUUCUGCACUCUCAGAACACAAGCCUUCUGAAUACCAAGAAGAAGCUUGAGGCUGACCUGGUCCAGGUCCAGGGUGAAGUGGAUGACACUGUUCAGGAAGCAAGGAAUGCAGAGGAGAAGGCCAAGAAGGCCAUCACUGAUGCUGCUAUGAUGGCUGAGGAGCUGAAGAAGGAGCAGGACACUAGCUCUCACCUGGAGAGGAUGAAGAAGAACCUGGAGGUCGCUGUGAAGGACCUGCAGCACCGCCUGGAUGAGGCUGAGAACCUGGCCAUGAAGGGUGGCAAGAAGCAGCUCCAGAAACUUGAGUCUAGGGUGCGUGAGCUGGAGACUGAGGUUGAGGCUGAGCAAAGACGUGGAGCAGAUGCUGUCAAGGGUGUCCGCAAAUAUGAGAGGAGAGUGAAGGAGCUCACCUAUCAGACUGAAGAGGACAAGAAAAAUGUCAACAGGCUGCAGGAUCUGGUUGACAAGUUGCAGCUCAAGGUGAAGGCCUACAAGAGGCAGGCUGAGGAAGCGGAGGAGCAGGCCAAUGCUCAUCUGUCCAAGUGCAGGAAGGUCCAGCAUGAGCUGGAGGAGGCUGAAGAGCGUGCUGACAUUGCUGAGUCCCAGGUCAACAAGCUGAGAGCAAAGAGCCGUGACUCUGGCAAGGGAAAAGAAGUAGCCGAAUAAAGAACACUGCCUGAUCAGCGGUUUCUAAUCAUAUAA